AUGUUGGAGAUGGAAGAAAACUUUCAUCAUCGCAAUUCGGCCCAAAAUGGUUCCAUUGAAAUGCAGAGCGUGAACGACUUUGGUGACAAUGACUCUCAAGAAAUCAACCCACUCGUGCCUCUAGGCGAGGAAAAUUCCAAAGAUCUUGCAUUCGACGAUGGUCACGGUGGUCCUCCACCAGGAAGCGCAACGUCGUCUCAAGUGGUGAUCAACAUUGUGAUAAGUUUUGUUGGUGCUGGGCUGUUGGGUGUACCGAAUGCAUUCAUGAAGUCUGGCUGGUUGUUGGGAUCUGCAGCACUGUUGGUCGUUUCGGCCUUGAAUGUAUAUGCCAUGCUACGCCUACCAGCUGUUCAAGUGGCGUUACAAGCCAAAUAUCCUGCCGAACAAUUGCAUACUUAUGGCGAUGUUGGGCGAUGUGUCAUGGGGAGAACUGGUGAGAUUGUCGUUCAGAUGUGUUUGGCAAUAUCUCAGGCAGGUUUUGGAACUGCCUACAUUAUCUUCAUCGCUGCCAAUAUCAAAAGCAUUGCACACGUUUCGAGACUGUAUAUAUGCCUUGGAUGUAUACCAGGUCUGGUAUUGCUGGUUCAAUUUCGUGACCUUAAAUCGCUGUCACCCUUUUCACUGCUAGCAAACACAGCGAACUUUGCCGCUCUCUGCUCAGUUUUAUUCCAAGACUACGAAUCCUACACACCGCACAACGAUACCAUUCAUGCUAUCAAGUGGGAUGGCUUGUGGUAUGUGAUAGCUGUAACAAUCUACAGCAUGGAGGGUGUUGGGUUGAUAUUGAGUUUGAAGGGUUCCUCCAAGAAUCAGCAGCAAUUCCCAAAACUGUUUAUUGGUACUAUCACCAUCAUAUCAUUAUUCAUGGCAUUCUUUGGAGCAGCCGGAUACGUUGGCUUUGGAAAUGCAACAGACGCUCCCAUCACCCUAAAUAUGGCUUCGAAUUGGUCGACAAUGUUUGUCAAGCUCGCUCUCUGUCUGGGCUUAUAUUUGACAUUUCCCAUCAUGAUGUUUCCCAUUUGGAACAUCUUUGAAGGAUGGAAUGAGAAAAUUUUCCGCGAUUCCACUCUGGGCCGUGUAUGCUCGCGAUCCUCCGUUGUCUUGAUGGCAGCAACUAUUGCCUAUUCGUUUCCACAUUUCGGAAAGUUCUUGGGACUAGUAGGAUCUUCCAUAUGCACCAUGUUGGCGUUCAUUUUUCCUUGUUACUUUCAUCUGGAAGUGCUAGGUUCGGAGUUGUCAUGGCUACAAUACUCGCUAGAUGUAACGAUACUGAUAGGAGCAGUCCUUUUCGCAUUGAAAGGGACAUACGAAUCGGUGAUUGGAAUGAUGAAUGGAGAGGGAGGGGAGGAACUUUAG